AUGAGCAGGGAGCUGAGCGUCUGUGGUCAUUGUGAACAUAAGAACAGGAGUCUGAAAACUGUGCUUCAUAAAGCUCUGAGCAGGCCUCGAGCAAACAUACUUCAACUCCUACAAACUCCCAAAUCCUCCUCCUCCGCACGAACGGACAUCCCCUGUCUGUGGCACAGUACCACCGACACCACGGUAUCGCAAACACACAACGCCCUCGACAAGGGCCACCACAGACCAACAGCACGUAAGUCCUCCGCCCUCACCACAUCUCAACAAUCACAUGCUGACCGACUCAUCCAGACACUCGACUACAUUCACCCACGCACCCGCUCACUAGCCGGCAUGGACGACUGGCGCCCAGCAACUAAGCAUCUCAAGCAUAAGCCGAUGCCGCUUGUGACGUUUGGGAUCUUUAGUAUGGCACUCUGCUCGAUCGCUGCGUCGAUCAAGAGAGGUAGCACCAAGCCGCAGCGCAGCCAUGCCGGGGUCAAGGAGGGAGAGGCGCGCUCGAGGUGGAAAGAAUAA